GCCCGGCCCCGGCUGCGCAGGCGCCGCGGUCCGGGAGUUGUGCCCGCGCCGGGAAGUUGUGCUGGGAGUGCCGCGAGUGCCGAGCCGAGCCCGCCGCCGACCCCGCCAUGUCGGGCUCCUCCAACGUGGCGGCCAUGAAGAAGGUGGUGCAGCAGCUGCGCCUGGAGGCCAGUGUGACCCGCGUGAAGGUUUCUCAAGCUGCAGCUGACUUGAAGCAAUUCUGCCUGCAGAAUGCACAACAUGAUCCCCUACUGACGGGAGUAUCAUCAAGUACAAAUCCAUUCAGACCCCAGAAAGUUUGUUCAUUUUUGUAAUUAUGUGAACUUCUUCAGUAUCUUUCAGUGAUCUUUUAGCAUCUUUUCCUACCUGCUGAUGUGUGUAUGGCAGAGUGCCUCAAGGAGCAGCCUGAAGUCUGUAAAAAAGCUUAGCUUUAACGUGCCAAAUCUAACUCUAAAAGUGCUACUGUCGUCAAACUUCUUACCAUCUACCUCUCCAGAUGAACUGUAUGCUAGUUAUGUACUUCUGUUUCAUACGGGAAUCAGUUUUAUACGCCAAGCAAAAAAUAAAAGUGUCUUGACUUAG